GCCAGGGGAGUGCUGUCCGCCACAAAGUCCCUUGGAAAACACUGGCAGCGGUUUUGCGCUCAUCAGCAUGGAAAUAUCCAAAGGAGGAGACGAGCGGUCGGCUGAGCAGGCUGCCUCUUUAUUCGGCUCGCCGGGGCUGGACAGUGAAAUGAGACAUGAGCAGGGCAAGAAGAGGAGAUCCAGGCACUGUAAAGUCAUUACCGGGGUGCUGCUGCUGUCCUUGCUGCUUCUUAUCCUGGCCAUUGUAUUGUUUACGAAGCAGCGAUGUGACGUCAAAGUGAUGAGCUGCAGGAAUAGGUGUGUUACAGGGAGGAGGGACAGCGCUGCAUCCUGCCACUGUGACCCGUCCUGCGAGGCUGAGGGGUCCUGCUGUUUGGACUACCGGGAAGUGUGCCUGGAGCCCAGUCAGCGCUGGACUUGCUCCAAAUUUCGCUGCGGUGAGGAGCGUUUGGCCGACAGCCUGUGCUCCUGCGCCAGUGACUGUGAGAAAGUAGGCGACUGCUGUGUUAACUAUAGCAACGUAUGUAAAGUUGGAGUGAAGAGUUGGCUGGAGGAUGAGUGUGAGGAAAUUCAACAGGAGCAGUGUCCAGCAGGUUUUUCCAAGUCUCCUGUGAUCCUGGUGUCCAUGGACGGGUUCAGGGCGGGGUAUAUGAAAGCCUACGGCGGCCUCCUCCCAGUCAUCACCAAGUUACGCAACUGUGGCACAUCGACACCGUAUAUGAGGCCUGCUUAUCCCACAAAGACCUUUCCGAAUCACUACACCAUCGUGACCGGUCUCUAUCCCGAGUCUCAUGGAAUUGUGGACAACAAAAUGUACGAUGUGACCCGAAAUGCCACCUUCAGCCUGAAAAUCGCAGAGAAAUUCAACCCACAGUGGUACCAAGGCGAGCCUGUCUGGCUUACUGCCAUGCGUAACAACCACAAAACAGCAACUUUUUUCUGGCCUGGCUCAGACGUGGCUGUCAGUGGCAAGUUCCCAGAUUUCUACAAGAAAUACGAUAAGAACAUUCCUUUCGAGAAGAGAGUUUCAACAUUGUUUGAAUGGCUCAGUUUACCUCAGGGACAAAGACCUGACUUCUACACUUUGUACCUGGAGGAACCUGACUCAUCAGGCCAUCGUUACGGACCAGCAAGCAGCCAAGUGAUCGAGGCCUUGCUGAGAGUGGACAAGAUCCUGGGCAUGCUGAUGGACGGCCUCAAGCAGAGAAACCUGCACCGCUGUGUCAACUUGGUCUUCCUAUCUGACCAUGGAAUGGAGGAGGCAUCCUGUAAAAAGGCAGUGUUUUUGUCCUCCUACCAGGACAACACUGAUGAUUUCAAUGUCAUCCAAGGCCCUGCCGCUCGCGUCAGACCCAAGCGCCUGCCAGAGGAUUUCUAUUCCUUCGACUAUGAGGGGCUGGUGAAGAACCUGUCGUGCAGGACCCCUGACCAGCCAAUGAGGCCUUACCUCAAAGAAAACCUUCCCAAACGCCUGCACUUUGCUAACAACGUCCGUAUAGAGCGGGCCCACCUCUACAUGAAGCCCACUUGGCAGGCAGCGCUUGAUAUGAAGGAAAUCAAGUACUGUUCCGGAGGAUUCCACGGCUCAGAUAACGUCUUCAAAAACAUGCAGGCUGUUUUCUUCGGCUACGGUCCAGCACUUAAACACAAAACUGUCGUCCCCCCGUUUGAGAACAUCGAGGUUUACAACCUCUUGUGUGAUCUCCUUGACGUUUCUCCUGCUCCAAACAAUGGGACUCAUGGCAGUCUGAACCACCUCCUGAAGAGGCCUGUGUACCUCCCAGUUCACCCGGCGCAGCUCUCUCACGAUGUCCCCUGUGAGGCCAGCAGCCCCGUCCCGGCUGGCGACCUGCAGUGCACGUGUAGCUCCCACACCACGACAGAUGAGGAAAAUAUGAACAGACAGCUAAUCGCAACUAAUUCUAGCUCUAAAGUCAGCAUACGCCGCCUCCACGUUCCCUAUGGAGUCCCGCGAGUUCUCCAGGAAAACGCUGACUACUGUGUGUUGCACCACUCUGACUACCUCAAUGGAUACAGCAAAGACCUUCUCAUGCCUCUAUGGGUGGCUUAUACCAUUCAGCCUCUGACCAGCGUCCAACCCCUGAGCCCGGAGCUGGAGGCGUGUGUUCGUGCAGACGUACGCGUCCCUGCGCUCGCCAGCCAGAAGUGUCUGCGGUACAGAGAUGACCCCGCUCUGUCCUAUGGCCUGCUGCAUCCCCCCAACCUAAGUGCCAGUGGAACAGAAGCAGACUCUCUCAUCACAAGCAACAUGGCACCAAUGUUCCCGGCAUUUAAAGAUGUUUGGACCCAUAUCCAUGGAGUCCUGGUUCCAAAAUACUCGCAGCAGCUGAAUGGAGUGAACAUCAUGAGCGGCCCCAUAUUUGACAAAGAUUAUGAUGGAAGGUUUGAUGCGCCCAAAGCAGCCACAGUGAACGAGGCUCCCAUCCCGACACACUUCUUUCUGAUCCUGACCAGCUGUGGGAACUCGUCCUUCAGCGUCGGUAGCUGCGAGGGUCCACUGCAGGCCCGCUCCUUUGUCCUGCCCCAUCGGCCGGACCACACAGAGACCUGUGCCAAUGGGACGGACUUCUCGUGGGUGGAGGACUGGCUCCAGCUUCACGUCGCUCGGGUCCGAGACGUCGAGCUCCUGACGGGACUCAGUUUCUACCACGACAGGAUAUCAGUCGAGGAGACGCUACUCCUCAAGACAUUUCUGUACACUGUUUAAAAUCACAUAUCAGAGGUCAAAUGAAGAUUUAAAUUCGUAACAGAAGCCAUAUUGGUCUGCACAAAGGCCAUUUUUUUGGUCCAUGGUGACAUACUGUAGUCAGUGUGUUAGUGGCUUUAACAGGUGCCUCAUUUAUAAAAAGCUGCUCAUGCUUCCAGCCAGUCUCUUGCCACAUCAUUACGAUUCCAGCAUUGUCCAGUUGUGUGCAAUUUUCUGCAAUUAUAUAUAUAUAUGAGUAUAAAAUAAUUAAUUUAAUCAGUUGUGUGAAUGUCAUAGAUCUGUCCUUUAUUUGUUUUUGAUCAUACUUUCUGAGGUGAUUCCUCACUGGGAUUGAGAAUAAAAGUCAGAGAAUGUUUUUUAUAAAUGAGGCUCCACAACUCUGUACCAAAGACACCAUCACAAUUUGCUGAGUGGCUCCACUAAUUAAUGCAAAAGAAACCAAAACAUUUUCUGUAGUACAAUGGCUGGGGAAUUUCGGGAAAUCCCAGACAAUCUGGAAACGUUUGUUUCACCCGGUUGCUGUCAGGCGUUCCUACCACACAUUCGGAUCCAGAUGUUUGUGAUCUGGAAAAGAGCUGAACACCCAAGAUGAGAAGUUUGGUCAAAGAAUAACAAAGUUUUAGUCUACGAUGGGAAAUCACAAGAAACCAUGUUUUCCAUGCAGUCAUGCAAUAUGGAAUAAUAUUUUUCUAUUUUGUUUAUACAGUGUCAAUGCUGUUUUUUUUAAGCAUUUUGUAAAUUUUUUAAAGUUUUUUUGUAAAUACAUGUGGGGAAGAGCAGGAGAAUUAAAAUUUUGAUGUAAUUAUUGCAUUUGUAUGUGUGUGUGUGUGUGUGUGUGUGUGCGUAUGCCUGUGUGUGUGUGUGUGUGUGUGUGUGUGUGUGUGUGUGUACUGGUUGAAAUUCGCUUGGGAGCAAAAGAGCCAGCAGUGACCUUCACUCUUUGGUCUUUCAUCUUUCCUCUCCACAGCGACUGUCUGGCAGUCAAGGAUGGCAUCAUUUGUGGAAAAGAUAACACUUGAACACAUCCUUACCAUUUCCACUGUUUUUGUGUCGCAGCAGUUUUCAAAAUUGUCAGAAAUGGCAGCUAUGGAAAAAUACACAAUUUCACAUAAAGACUCUUUUAUACUGAC